AUGACUCCCAAUAUAUCGAAGUAUAAGAAUUAAGUUUCUACGUACCAAUCUUUUUUAUUGUGUCAAUUUUUGCAGCAAAUACGCUCGCUUCCCAAGUCAAAAACGAAAAGCACCAUGA